AUGUCGAAUAGGCCGUCGGCGCUGAUGCCGAAAACGUUGUCCGACGCCUUCGCCGCCGCUGUGCUCCUCUCCUCCAAUGACAAGCCAGAUACGCUCCCGCCGGGGAGGCUCUCGCCCGUCUCCCCGCUCCCGCCCUCCUCCAAGCACCUUACCCCGAGCUCCUCCUUAGGGUCCUCUGGCUCGAUCUCCAGGGCGUCUGCCUUCGUGCUCGCGUCCGCUGGCUUCACCCCUAGGAGGAGCCACUCUGGGGGAAUCCCGCUCCCUUCCGAAGGGACUCCCCAAGGGGGACGCCUAGGCCUCCGUCGGACUGGCUCCGAACCUAGCUCCUACUCCAGCUCCGCCACCUCACCGCUCACCAAGGCGCUCCCGACAGGGAACAUCUGCCCCGCCGGCCGAUUCGGCAAGCCGCGACCUUCCUUGGCUCCGCCCCAUUCAAUCCGCCACAGCGUGCUCGGUUCCGGUACCGCAAAGUACGGCCAUGGAAGCAUCAUGCGCUCGCGCAACCGCGGCGGCAUACCCGUCAAGGGGGACGUGCAGGUCAGAUGGGCCAUGUCCAGCACUGACCUAGAGGAGCUGAAGAGGAUCGGGAACGAACAGUACAAGAAGGGGUAUUUUGAGGAGGCGCUCAGGCUGUACGACCGCGCGCUCGCCAUGUGCCCGGACAAUGCAGCAUGUCGGGCCAACCGGGCUGCCGCACUCACUGGGCUUCGCCGCUUUGGCGAGGCUAUCAAGGAGUGUGAGGAGGCUGUGCGCAUCGAUCCAUCAUACGGGCGCGCGCACCAGAAACUCGUCUCCCUGCAUAUAAGGUUGGGACACAUUGAGGAUGCUCAGAAGAACCUUUCCCUGGCAACCCAACAGCCUGAUCUCCUAGAGUUACUCAAAUUACAAACAGUGGAAAAGCACCUAGGAAGAUGUCUUGAUUCACGGAAGGUUGGGGACUGGAAGAGUGUGCUGAGAGAAUGUGAUGCCGCUAUUGCGGCGGGAGCUGACUCCUCUGCUCUGCUCUUUGCUUCAAGAGCAGAAGCUCUUCUCCGGCUCAAUCUGCUCAAUGAGGCUGAUAUGGCCAUCGAUAGUGCUUCCAAGUUGAAUUGUUCAUCUUCAUGCACCUCAGACACCAAAUUUUGUGGGUUCCUCGCUAACGCAUACCUCGAUUACGCGCAUGCUCAAGUUGACAUGGCAUUGGGAAGGUUUGAUCGUGCUGUCUCUUCAAUUGAUAAAGCCAAGGAAAUGGAUCCAAAAAAUGCUGAAGUUAUAGCAAUGCAUAACAAUGUGAAAGCUGUUGCAAGAGCACGAUAUCUAGGGAAUGAACUCUUCAGGUCUGGACAAUUUUCAGCAGCUUGUUUAGCUUUUGGCGAAGGGCUCAAGUAUGACCCUGUAAAUCCAGUCCUGCAUUCCAAUAGGGCAGCUUGCCGGUUCAAGCAAGAGCAGUGGGAGAAGUGCAUUGCGGACUGCAAUGAAACACUAAAGAUUCAACCCAACUAUACCAAGGCUCUGCUCAGGCGGGCAGUUUCCUAUGGAAAGAUGGAGCGAUGGGCUGAAUGUGCGAAGGAUUAUGAGAUUCUCAGAAAGGCGCUCCCAGGUGACACCGAGGUGACUCAGGCCUAUUUCCAUGCUCAGGAUGCUCUCAAGUCAUAUCGGGGUGAGGAGAUAUCUAACUUGAAGUUUGGAGGAGAGGUUAAAGCAAUUACAGGAAUGGAACAAUUCCAAACGGCUACUUCUUUGCCAGGUGUCUCCGUCGUCUAUUUCAUGACACCUUCGAAUCAGCGAUGCUGCAAGAUUUCCCCGUUUGUGAACGCACUGCGUACCAAAUACCCUUCUGUUAAUUUCCUCAAGGUGGAUGUAACCGAGAGCCCUGCUGUUGCGCGCGCAGAGAAUGUGAGGACACUUCCAACAUUCAAGAUCUACAAAAAUGGUACGAGAGUGAAGGAGAUGAUUUGCCCCAGCCAACAGCUGCUGGAGUGUUCAGUGAGGCAUUACGGGACAUGA